AUGAAGGUGCGGCAGCGCCUUGUGCUCGCCAUCGCGCUCUCGCUCGCCUUCAUGCUCGUCGAAGUUGUCGGAGGGAUUCUGUCCAACAGUCUCGCCGUGCUCACGGAUGCGGCGCAUCUCCUCUCCGACAUCGCCAGCUUCGCGAUAAGUCUGUUUGCGCUGUGGAUGGCGGGGUGGGAGGCGACGCCGCGGCACACGUUCGGGUACCACCGCAUGGAGAUCCUGGGCGCGCUCGUGUCGAUGCAGCUCAUCUGGAUGAUCACCGGCAUCCUGCUCUAUGAGGCCGUCUCCAGGCUGAUAUCGCAGACGGAGUCAGUGGACGGGCGCCUCAUGUUCAUCACGUCGGCUUUCGGCGUGGAUGCAGGCGAUGCCAUAGUGACCCUCCACCACAGCGCCAACCACUCGUCCCAGCAUCAACAUCAGCACUCCGCGUCUAGUCCUGCAGAGGCAGAGCCAGCUCGGGCGCGCAACAUAAACCUGGAGGGGGCGUACCUGCAUGUGCUGGGGGACCUGUUGCAGAGCAUAGGGGUCAUGGUGGGGGGGGCUGUCAUCUGGUACAACCCCGAGUGGUACGUGCUGCCCUCCUCGCACUGCCACCGUCUGAACCUCGUGGGACGGGCUGUCUGUCAUUUGCUUCUGAAGAUAGUGGAUUUGAUCUGCACGCUGCUCUUCUCCAUCCUCGUGCUCGUGACCACGUACCGCAUGCUGCGUGAUGUCAUCGACGUGCUCAUGGAGUCAACGCCACGCGGCAUCAACGCCUCAGAGGUGGAGGCGGGGCUGAAGACGCUACCAGGGGUGGAGGAUGUGCAUGAGCUGCACAUUUGGGCACUCACACUAGGCAAAGUCAUGCUGGCGUGCCACGUGCGCAUCGAUGCACACAGCAACCCAGAGGACGUGCUCAACUCCGUGCUGCGCUUCUGUGAGCGCACAUACCGCAUCAGCCAUGCCACCGUGCAGGUGGAGCGCAGCAGGGUGCCUGCGCUGCAGGGCUCGCAGUCCGCUCCCGAUAUAGUGUCGUCCCCACGCGGUGCUGCUGAUGCACCUCUUGACCCGCUUCCAGCCUCGAGCGGUGUUCCAUCUGCUGUUUCGUAG